AUGGAGGGCGAACAGCUCUGCUUCGGCACUCAAGAACAGGGCGGAAGUCGAUUACCGCACCCCGGAAUUUUCCCAUGUGGAGACUUUCGUUCUCCGAGGCAGGUAGAACACGCAGCAGCCAAUGGAAAUUUCGAGCUCGUCACCGCCCUUCUGAAAGCGGGUGGCACAGGAAGUCCAGGUCUAAGAGGCUGCCGCGGCCGCACUCUUCUCGACGCUGCUGCAGAAAGCGGCAACGAACAAGUGGUUUCGGCCAUCCUGAGGGCGGGUGCAACUCCGGAUCGUUGCGCGCGUUCGGCUUCCAAACGAAGGAGUGCCUUGCACCGCGCCGCGCUCCACGGGCAUGAGGCCGCGGCCAGGGUCCUGAUGAUGGCCGGGGCGAACGUCGGCUCGCUCGAUGCUGUUAAGCGUGGCCCGCUAGCCCUCGCAGUGAGGCGAAACGUGGUUGAAUCUCUCUCAAUCCGCUGUGAUCUGGACUGCUCAAACCUCUCUUCUUCCCCCCGAGAAACGUGUUGUGCACAUGAAAGGGGCGAGCACGAACACCUCGUGUGUUCGUUACUACUCGGAGGGGCUUGUCCCAGCGCGAAGGACAAGAAGGGAGACGCACCCCUCCAUCUCGCUGCUUGGCGUGGCCGUGCCGGCAUCGCAAGCGCACUGCUUCUCAAGGGCGGUGACAAGAAUGCUCUGGACAGUCUGGGCCGGAUCUUCCUCUGGCGCUGCUUCCGACACAAGGCGGGAGUAGGCCAGUUGCGUCGAGUGUUGGGGAGGAUGCAGCGCACCCUUCAUGCGACUCGCCGAGUAUCUCACGGCGUUUCGCGNCCCCCCCCCCCCCCCUGUUUCCGUCGUUUUAUUUCCGCCGUGCGAAAGUCACCCUUGAUUGUCGCCGCGGAGCAUGGUGCUCGUGGCACGAUAGACGCUCUCCUGGUGGCUGGCGCCGACCCAGACAUUCGCCACGGAGAGAACGAGCUAUCGGCCCUCGACUCGGCCGUGUCGCACGGGCACAUCAGCGUCCUGAAAGCUCUGGCCCAUCACGAAGGGGUGGACGUCAACGCCGUCGACCCCACCGGUUAUACGGCGCUUCACAUGGCCGCAGACAACAACCAGUCGAGCGCGGUCGGCGUGCUCAUCGCUGCCGGCGCCGACCUGGAGUCGCAAGACAUCCAUCAGUGGACACCUCUCCACUGCGCCGCCAGCCUCAGUGACCAGGCAAGGAAGACGAGUUCGUUGACAUCCUCCAACCAGCAGCCUUUUUGCUCUCUCUUGGCCCCCACCAGGUACAACGCCUGCUGCGAUGUCGUCCUCGAACUGUUGAGGCGAGGUGCAAAGAUGGACGCCCGCGAGUCGGCCGGAGAGUACCCGCUUCACAUGGCGACUCAAUACCUUGCCGACGAAAUCGUGGACCUCCUGCUGAGGUGA